UCGGCUCCAGUAGAUUGUGGGAACAGCAGGUGCAGUUUGAGACCAACGUUUACAGAGCUCUAACCAUAUUUUCAUUAUGGCCAAAAUGCUUUACACGGAUUUGCUGCAGAUUUGGAAUGAGUCAGUUGAAAUCAUGGAUGCCAGAGACUGGCAAGGAGCGCUGGAAAAACUUGAGCAGAUUAGUGAACCCACUUCUUACAUACUGUUUAACACCGCCUCAGCUCACCUGGCCUUGGGACAACUGGACAUGGCUCUGAAGUUUUUAGACCUCACCAUUGCAAAGGAUGAACGCCUCGCUGUUGGAUUCUUCCAGAGGGCAGCAGUGAUGAUGCAGAUUGAUAGGUUGGAAGAGGCACUCUCUGACUGUAUAUGGGCACAGAAGCAUAUGAGAGACAAUGUUGUCAUUGACUACAGGCAGCUGGGACUCAGAUUCAAGCUCUUCAACUGGCAGGUAUUACACAAUGCAGCUGCGGUGUACUGUCGGAUGGGCCAUUGGGAGCAGGCCAGGGAGGUUCUGCUGUCAGCAUUCAAGGAGAAAGGAGCCGGACGCAAAGGGAAUAUAGAGGUUGCCUUGGACAACGUUGAAAGGAAGAUGGUGCCAGCUCCUCUCAUGGUUCCUGAAGGAGUGGUGUUUCGUCCUAGGAAACAGGACAUUGAGCAGCUGCAAAAAAGAGACUUUCUGGGCAAGCCAAAGGUGAUUGCUUCUAUGAUUCCCAACGAUGAUUUUGGAGGCUUUGAGCCCCUGAGAUUGCAGAAACCUGGUUUCUAUGAACCCAAGACCGGUGGAACUCUGGAUUCACGCUACAGGCGUGUGCGGGUCCCUUACAUGGCUUCUGGCCCCGAACAGCUGUCUGUACCCGGAGGGUCUUUAGUGUAUUUGCUUGGAGAGGAGGACAGGGAUGGAAUGAUUAACGUCGUAUUUGAUGGACAGAGGGGACUACUGCCCGUGUCCCUGCUCGAUCCGGCUGAUGUGAAGACGUCCAAAGGCAAAAAUGACACUAGAGUUCCUACCGGAAUCCCCCUCCCACCGGGAUUUAUGCCACCUACUCGCCCAAAGAUCCAGCCCAGCCCUUCUGCUCCUCAGCGCUCACAUUUUACCGUAGACACUUCCCCUCCAUCAUACUCCACUGCCACUGGUACUCUGGCAACAGCUUCAGGGCCUCCGAAAUAUACAGCCAACGCAGCAGUCAGCCAGGAUCUCAGUGACUCACUGACCGGGGCGACAGAGGCAGGAAAUGUAGUGGUCAAAGUCCACUACACGUACAGCAUGGCUCUGUCUGUUCCUCUGGACACAACGUACGAAGAACUGAAGGAACAAAUAGCAAAGAAACUGGGCCACAGCUCAUCUCAGCUGCGUCUCCGACAUAAACAGCAUGGAUCUCACGUGUUGACACCCGUGAAGGGAGAGAUGGAACCAGGAAGCACUGUGCAGGAAAUGGCUGAGGCUGGCAGAGUCACCCUGUGGUGUCAGAAGGAAGAUCCUCUAGUCACUCGUCCCAUCCUCUACCAGAUGUGCGCGCUUUAUGACUAUGCUUCUCAAGGCCCAGAGGACCUGGAGUUCAGCGAAGGAGACACCAUAGAUAUCUUGGGUGAAGUUAAUGAGGAAUGGCUUGAGGGACAUUGCGCAGGAAAUACUGGGAUCUUCCCCAGCUGUUUCGUCUACAGGGAGAGUGACAACAACAUCGAAGAGGCACAACUUUAGCUUUCGGGUCUUCUCUAACAAACACAUUAACCAGGUCAAAUAGUUGAGUUAUAUUUCCUAAUUAAUGAUUUUAAUAUGAUAAUGUAUCCAUCUAAUCAGGAACAGUGUGUAAUCUUAUUUUGAGAUGUCUAACUUUUGUUUAGCAAGAAAAAGCAAGAAAAUUAAGUAUUUUAUUUUGAUUCUGAAAUCUUUUAAGAAAGCAUUUAUUUAUAUAAGGUGAUUCACAUAAAUUAAAAUGAAUUCAUUCUGGUUCUGAGCAAGUUGUGUGUUUAUUUUUGUAUCAUUUACACAUGAACUAGAAUUGCAAGCUGUUCUUAUCAGGGUCAAAGACCCCAGAUAACUCUGUACUAUAAUUAAAAACCUGUUGACUUUCUACUUCUCAAACCCAGCAUAUGUCU